AGAAGAUGCCAAGAUUCGAUUUAGUACAAAUGAACAGCACUGUCCCACUAAGAUAUUAACUGCACCUGAGAACAAAAAAAAUAAAAAAUAAAGAAAAGCGAAAUAUAAAGAGCUAAAAGACUCUGAGGUUGAUCAACAAAAAGAAAGAUUAACUUUCACUUACUCUUCCAAACAAGACAAACAUGACUUCUCCAUCAUCAUCAUCAUACUUCAGACCAAAUUAAGUUCUUCAUUCACAUAACAUAUACACAACACACAAGCUGAUGCAGAUGAUGUUUGUUCUUACCAAGCUGAUUUAUUGUUGUUGCAGGUUAACUGAUCAAGAGUAUAUGGAGCUUGUGUUUGAGAAUGGGCAGAUUCUUGCAAAGAGCCAAAGAUCUAAUGGCUUUUCUAUGCAUAAUCAACGUACGAAAUCGAUCGUGGAUUUAUACGAGGCCGAGUAUAACGAGGACUUCAAGAAGACUAUUCAUGGUGCUGAUACUAGUGACAAGAAUCUUGUAGACACUCAGGUUGUUCCAGAACCUCUUGUUGUUGCCGCAUAUGAAACAAACAUGCUGAUGAAUCAACUUAAUUUGAUUCAGAGUUUGAAAGCGUCUUCAUCAAAGAGGAUGGUGGUUGAUUAUGAGAACCGAAAGGAUAUUGUACCUCCUGAUGAGCAAUCUGUGGUUGCUGAGAGGUCGGUUGAACUGGGAUACGACUCCACAGAUUUUACUGAAGACAGUGAAGAAUCGACGUAUCAAAGCAGUAGACUAGAUGAUGUGAGGCCACAAGUUCCUGCAAGAACAAGCAAUGUUUUGGUCAAGAGAAGACGCAAACAGAAGCAAACAAACGAUACAAACAAGAAAAUGCGUAAUUUGCAGGAUCUACUCCCUAAUUCUCAAAAGGACGACAACGAAGCAUUACUAGAUGAAGCGAUCAACUAUAUGACGACCCUUCAACAUCAAGUUCAGAUGAUGACGAUGGGUAACAGAUUUGUUACACCAGCAACAAUGUUGCCUUUGGGGCCGCAAUACUCUCAGAUGGGUCUAGCAACAGGUAUGCAAAUGGGCGUACCACAGCUUCUGCCUGCGCCUGUUCUUGGAGCUGGCUUGCCAUUGGUUAGUACUUCAGCAGAUGUGCUAAGGGUUCUUAACCAUCCUGUAGGACCUGUACUAAUGCCAAUUCAAAACUCAGCACUUUUCACACCAACGGAAAACUAUUUGCCCCAAUCUGUUCCGCCGGCGUAUGCUGCUUUCCCUAACCAAAUACCAAACUCCACCACUUCGUCAAAUCUAGAUGAUGCUAGGACACAUGGAGGAAACCUGUCUGGUAAAGAAUCAGAUAAACCGUGAGCAGAUGAAAUAGACAGUGAUGAUAGUUACCUGCUGAUUUGCCGACUUGUUAUUCUCCAAGUAAGAAGUGAGAACACUAGAGCCAUAUCAAGGUGGACCAUACAGAUCCAAAGCAGCACUACAAG